AUGUAUUUUCUCAAAUUUAACUGUUAUUUUAGAAAAUUAAGAAAAAAAUCUUCGGGCUUGAGGGUCUGGCCAAUAUAUAUUCCCACGCGUUCGUCCUCGUCUUCUCCGUCUUAUACUGAUUUAUCUCUAACUUCCCCUAUCUCAUCUUUAGACGUUUAUACAUCAUGGGAUUGAAGGAGGAUUUCGAAGAGCACGCUGAGAAAGUCAAGAAGCUCACCGCGAGCCCGUCUAACGAGGACUUGCUCAUCCUCUAUGGACUCUACAAGCAAGCCACGGUCGGGCCAGUGACCACCAGUCGUCCUGGAAUGCUAUACAUGAAGGACAGAGCCAAGUGGGAUGCAUGGAAGGCCGUUGAAGCGAAAACGACGGAUGAAGCCAUGAGUGACUACAUCACUAAGGUGAAGCAACUCCUGGAAGCAGAAGCUGCGGCUUCGACUUGAUGAAUAUUAUGAUUGAUUCAUCAAAUCCUCCCUCUGCAGUUAAAUUUAUCUUAAAGCUUCAAAUAACAUAGCAUAAGACUUGUUCUUGCUUCUCGUGUUUCUAUCAUUAUGAAUCUCUCUCUACUUUGUGACCUUCGUCUUUAUUUAAAAUCAUCUGGUUUGGGCUAUUAUCUCUUGAAGAUGCUUGUUAUUGGUCUAAA